ACCAUGGUUACAGGACGCUUGCUGACGGUUAGCGUUAACUGCAGAUGAAAGAUUACGUGCAAUUUACUGCUUUUAAAACACUGGUUUUUAGUAUUUUCACACGAAAGAAUUAAAAUGAGCACUAUCACUUCAUCCGCUGGUAAAGUUGAAAGUGUGACUGUGAGGAGGACAGAAUGGUCAGAUGCUGAAGAGAUCGAAAAUCUGAUCAGGCCUGCAGCUGUUGCUGUGUUUGGGAGACUCAAUGUCAUCCAUCUACUUGAGAAAGCCAAUUUAGCCGUGACCCUGAGCACCGCUAAGAGUGAAGUGCUCGCCCAUGCAUCUUUCUCAGAUCACCCCACUGAAGAGCUAGUGGAUCAGGCAUGCUGGGAGAAUUUACUUCAGAGUCACGUAAAUGGCGAGAAGUUCACUCCCAUGAACACUCUUUUCCUGCGUCUAUUUGUGGCUCAGCCCGGCUUCUCCAUAGGGGGCGCUAAAGAGAUAGUGAGAACAGUUUUCAAUGCCGUUGUGGAGCUGGAACACAUCUGCCUUCUGACUCCCUACAGAGGCUCACUUGAGGCAGGACUGGAGAAGAUCUUUGAACCACUGACGCCUGUUAUGGAGGAAGUUCAGUAUUCGGCCUACGUUUGUCAUCGACACAAUCACUGCUCUCGAUUUCACAUCCGCAAAGCCAGAGUAGAGGAUCACGAUGACAUCAUGCACAUAUUUGCAGAGCAGAUCACGCCACUGGUGGAGUCCCACGGGCCGUACUUCCUGUCUGAGCUUAUCGGUCAAGACGAGGAGAACCAUGCAGCCAUCUGUGAAAGUGAAGGAGCUGUCGUUGGCUUUGUCUCUGUGAGUGGUCAAAUGGAUUUGAAGCUUCUCAAUCAGUGCUUUGAUCUUGGAGCAUUUGAAGGACUGAGAAAGACAAAUUCAGCACAUCAAGAGGAACCACCAGAGGAACCACAACUGCUGGAGGAGGAAAACCAUGUCACUGAUGCCCAGGAGUCUUCUGAAACCAAAGAACCUGUGGAAGGUGAACUGACGGCAGAGGAAAAGAGUGGAGACGAGCAUACUGACAUAUCUCAGCCAGAGUAUGUUGAGUCAAGCAUCAAAGACACAGUGGACUCCAGUGAGGACUCUGAACCAGACAGACCUCCUAAUGCAUUCUGCAUCCAGCUCUUCACCAUGGAAAAGAAGUUUGAAAUGAGAUCAGCAGAUUUCUUGCCGUACCUGUUUAAACUGUUUCCGGAUCGGGACUUCUGUGUGAUCUCAGUGCCUAAACUGACUCCAGAUUUCCCGCUGCUGCAGUCCUUCAUCAGAGUCGCCCCUCGUGACACCAGCAUCUUCCCGCAGGAACUCUACCUGUGUCACCGGUGGGGUCUGCUCAGGACAUUGGAGGUGCGUGUGGCAGUGUCAUCAGAUAUCCCAGCAAUCCAGAGUUUGACUGAGAGUCUCAGCCAGCGGGAGUCCAUCAGUGAAGAUCUGGAUCUGUUCCUGCAGGCCCGAAAAGACCCGGAUGGAACUGCUCUUCAGGCAUUUGUGGCGCAGGUCGAGGGGCGAGUUAUUGGUUUGAUAAUCAUCAGAGAUGAAGAGGACAUUGAGUUCAUCCGAGCUAACUUUGACGUCGAGAGGUUCAUGUACUUCAGCCACCACCAGCGAGAGGAGCACGGUCGACUGUGUCACUUUCUCCUCAACCCUGUUUUCCAGCAUCACGCCAAAUAUAUCUUCAAAGAGGUGCUGCGCUUGGCGCACAAGUCCUGCCUUUACUACCUUCUCCAUCCACCCCAUUAUAGCCAUAAGAAUGUCAGUUGUCACUCUCUGACAACAGUACUGAAUUUCAUGGUGCCGGUGAGCCCGAGACGACAGAUAAUCUACCCGCUGGAAGAGCUGGGUAUCAACGCACCAUCCCAGCAGAUCACCCAACAACAGGCUCAUUUUGCCCUGUACUACACAAACAGAAAACUCAUCAUGGAGCCGAAGGUCACCAUCAAUGCCAGAAUCGUGGUAGUGGGAGCAUCCGACACAGGUUUAGCUUUUCUUGAAGCACUGACAUUCAGUCCUCAUCUUCGAUUCAACAAUCUCACUCUCAUCUCCACUCAUGGGCUUCCAGAUCGCUGCUCUGAUGAUAACAUGAGAUUUCUGGCUACAAGUCACUGCUUCAGCGAUCAGGAUCAAGCCCAGCUGUCUUUGCGCUCCUGGAUCAGUGUGGUGACGGGUAAGAUGAAGGCCAUCAACCGCGAGGUCAAACACGUGGAGCUGAUGGCGAAUGGUAAAGUGAACUAUGACUAUCUGAUCCUCUGCACCGGCCUGCAGUAUCAGAUGCCCAGUCUCACCAGUAUGGACGUCAUUAACCAGACCACCAGCAAUCUACAUCAGGCCAGACACAGAUCCACAUGGCCCGUUUCAUCCAACCUCUUCACCCUCAAUGACCAGCAUGACUGCUCAAACGUCCAUCAGUGGCUCAUGGACAACUUCGUGGAACUGACAGGCGAUGCUGUGGUAUAUGGAAACACCAUAGACGUGUACACCUGUGUGGAGACGCUUAUGCGUCUUGGUGUCUGCGGCUGCCGGAUUCAUGUAGUACAUCCUCCCAAAGAUGACCCAUCUUCCUGUUUCCAUGAUGGCUCUGUGGAUCACGCAGUGAAACAGGCUCUGGAAAAGGAGGAAGUCCAAAUCCAUCAUGACUGCCUUUUGAAGCAACUCAAUGAUGGACAACACACAGAUCCGGUGACAUCGGUGUCCUUCACCACUGACGGUCCGACCCUACGACUGGAGUGUGCGGUGUUCUUCAGCUUCUCUUGUAAAACCGUCGACUGCGACGCCUUCAAGGCCAUCAAUGAUGCCUGUUUAGUGUUCGAUGGCCGUUUGGUGGUAGAUACCACCUUCCAUACCAACGACCCCUCCAUAUACGCCGCUGGCCCUUUGACCAAAUACUCCCGCCGUUACCAUGCUGACCAGUGGAGCGAUUCCUGCUUUAAUUCUAAGGAGGUGGGGCAGAGUUUGGCAUCUGUUCUCUUGCCCUUAUGUGACCCGACCCUGGAGCGUCCCGCCGGCCCACCGUCUGACCAGGAGCACCUCAUUCCACUCUACAGUCAGGCCAAGAUCCAAGGGGGAAGAUUACCAGGCGGCUACAAUUACCUCCAUGUCGCAAAACCGACAUCCAAAGGCCAUGAACCUCCAUCAGCUCAGAAAGGUCGUGACAUGGUGACGGGCCGCACUGAAACGGGGAACUACUUUCAUCUGCAUCUCAGCCAGCAUGAUGUGGUGGAGAGCAUCACGUGCCUCUCGAAGAAUGCACUUCCCGUCUCCAACCUCCUGCGUCUCUACAGGAAACACCAGCUGCUGCUGAAUCAUCUCUGCUCACGCUACCAUGAGGGUUUGGUCCAUGACAUGUACAGUUAUUUUAGAGAGAAUUGGUGCUUGGCUCUUUAUCACGACCGCUUUGCUGACUUUGAACAGGAGGUGCGCCAAAUCAUGGACUCGGCCAAACUAGAGGGUGAGAGUGGUUCGGUGUCAAUUCAAGAGGCUCUUCAGAAGAUAGUGGACGAUAAAGCAGAGUCCGAUCAGCCGACGAGUCUCAGCGAGGUGUUUCAGAAAAGCGAGGCUUAUUCUGCUCUGAGAAAGAGUGUUCUGGAUUAUCUGAAGUACAACAGAUACCAUCUGACUAUGUACGCCCGGCCGGGACUGCUGUAAUCAAUAUCCAUUUACAUUUAGGAGCAUUUAUUCACUACUUCAUCUUUUGUUUCUUUAUUUCUUUACAUUUGCUGCACCAUAUGUCACAUUGUGGGGGGUGGGGGCCAAAGAACUUGAGCAAAUAAAUACAGCUUCUUGUUUUGUCAAAUGCAAAUGUUUGGUGUGUACUGAGUGACAAUUCAUUAACAAUAUCUGAGUUUGCUCUUUCGAAUAGUCUGUGUAUGUGUUAUCCAGUAUUGGGUUGUAUAUUAUGCUGAGAUCUGAAGGCAGUGCGGCGGGGCAGAUAAGAGCAGCAGAACGAGGGUGAAGACGGAGCGCAGCAGCAGCUGUAUGAUAAUGAAUGUGGGGCAGAAAAUCACAGACGCAUGAUCCAACAGUCACACGUCGUACAGCUCAUGUAUGGGUAGAUCAGAUGUUAAACAUAACAACAAAUGAAAAUAAAACAACAGAAGGAAAUGAAAUAAAAUUAAACUAUUUCAGAUGCAACAAAUGUGUUUUUCUAAAAGCUGGGUCUUGAUUGUGAAAAAAUGCAGUAAAAAAAAAAAAACUACACAGGUUUCUCUAAAAUGCAAAUCAAGUGAAAUAGUAAAAAUGCUGGGUUGAAAAUGGACAAACCCAGCGAAUGGUUUGUUUUAUUUAACUCAACUAUUGUUUAAAAUUUACUGUAUUGCUCGCUUAAAAUGAACCCAAAAAUGGUGGAAAUUAACAUUUAUUAAUAUGUUUAAUAAAUUAACAAGUUUAAUAAAUAAUAAUUAAACAAUAAACAUUUAUUAAAUUGCUCAUUAAUAAAUGUUCCCCUUUUGAUUAUUAUUGUUGCCUCUAGUGAUUAUGUGUCUGAUAUUUCAUUUCCAACCUAUUUUGGGUUCAUUUUAAGCCAGUCAUAUAGUCAUUUUUAAUCAAUAGUUGAGUUAAAUAAAACUGCCCAGCACGUUGGCCAAACAUUUAACCCAACCGCUGGGUUAAAAUAACCCAAUAACGGGGUUGUUUUUAACCCAGCAUUUUUUAGAGUGAGAGAUAAAAUAAUAUAAAAUAAAAGGUUUGCACAUCAGAUGUCAGAUGCAACAAACGUGUUAGUCCAAGUUAGGCAAGUAAACCAUCUGGUCUUGUAUGUGGAAAUAAAAUUAAAAAAAAUCCAAAAGGUUCCUCUAAAACGCUCAUAAAGAGUUAUGAAAUCACAUACAGCACAUCAAAAGUGUUGUUCUGGAACUACAAUAACGCCAUUUAUGUGAUGCUCCUCUCGAAUCAUUGCGCUGAUGGAGAUUACGCGAAAUUCCGCUAUGACGAGACCGUUGCAUUGGAAUGACAUCAUCACACACGAGCACGAUGAUGAUGAUGAUGAUGAUGAUGAUGAUGAUGGCACGGGUGAGUUUGAGACAGGAAUGAGUCCGUUUGAACAGAAGGAUGAUGUGCGUCUGUCCACACAGCUCGCGCAAGCGUGUCUUUUGUGAUGCAAACGAGAGGAGCCUCUUUUAUGAAUUAUGUAUGCGCGCAAUGAGUGAUUAAUACGUCCCGCAUUCAACUGUCGCACAUGUCCUAAGCCUGCAGGCGUCUGAUUUAUACAUUUAAUUAGUUUCGAGACAAAUUACGCAUGGCCCUCGCAGCCCUUUUGCAACUGAUUUCAAAACAUUUGUGUUAAAACUGCGCCGAGUAUUAAAAAUUGAACAUUGCGCGAGUUCUUUGUUGCCAUUU